CGAAGGACAUUGGUAUUAAGGGAGAAAAUAGCUACCAUGUCUUCCAGUGCUUUGGCGAAACCUCAGAUGCGUGGCCUUUUGGCCAAGCGUCUGCGAUUUCAUAUUGUUGGAGCAGUCCUAGUUUCUCUGGGGGUUGCAGCUUUCUAUAAGUUUGCUGUGGCUGAACCAAGAAAGAAGGCAUAUGCAGAUUUCUACAGAAAUUAUGAUUCCAUGAAAGAUUUUGAGGAGAUGAGGAAGGCUGGUAUCUUUCAGAGUGCAAAGUGAUUUCGGAGUGUAAAGAAUUUCUUUGACUUCCAUGGAAGUUUGUCGCUGACCUGUGUUCCUGAACUAUGAAACAUGCAUAUUUGGGCUAAAGGAUAGUUUCUCUUGAUAAAUAAACAAAUGUUGUAGACAGUAAGUCUUUUGCUCAGUUAUUGAU